AAUAAAUUGAACAUAGUGAAAUGAGUCCCUGCCGGAUUUUUAGAUUUGGAACAGAACUAGCUGAACCAUCAGCGUUAAAAUAAUCUGUAAUAUUUGUAGAAAUCCUUUAAGUUAACAGUUUAUAAUUAAUUAUAUUUAGUUUGUUGCGGUUGUUUUUAUUUAAUACUAAUAUUAUUUCUGUUUUGUUGGUUUUGUGAGAAAAAUUCGAAAUCCCAAAUAUUGUAUCUAGUGUAUAGAGGACAUUCGCUGGGCGUAAAAAGAAAAUGGCGUGUGCUACUCUUAAAAGAAAUUUAGAUUGGGAGUCCAUGGCUCAAUUGCCUGCUAAAAGGCGAAGAUGUGCACCAUAUGCUGCAACUUCAAAUACAAGUCCAGGUCUGAAAAUGACUGAAAGUAGACCUUCAACAUUUGGCGAGUCCGUUAGUGCACCUGCGAAAUUGACCCCAGAACGUAUGGCACAAGAGAUAUGCGACGAAAUCAAGCGGUUGCAGCGCCGCAGGCAGCUGCGGCUCGCCAGUGGCGCCGCUGCUUCUUGUUCGUCAUCCAGCGGCAGCGAGGGCGACUGCUCGCCUCCUCACCACUCCACGCACAACUCACAGAAGGUUCACAAUCGCGCUCUGUUCACAUUUAAACAGGUGCGUAUGAUCUGCGAGAGGAUGUUGCGCGAACAGGAGGCGGCUCUACGGGCAGAGUAUGAGUCUGCACUUAGCACCAAGCUCGCCGAGCAGUACGACGCCUUCGUGCGGUUCAAUCUUGAUCAGGUGCAGCGCCGGCCUCCUCCCUCGACGUGUAUGCCCCACGGAAUGGAUGCGGAACAUCAUAUGCAUCAGGAUCUCGUCCCAAGCUAUCUGUCCUAAUAAUAAAGAAGACGGCAGUGCGGUCUAUACUGCAAAAUAUAUCAAGACAAACAUAUUUUGGUAUAUGUGAAUAAUUAUAUGCGGGAAUAGAGUAACCUAUUGAAUCACAUGUGAUUGAUUGCUUGUGGAAUUUAUCUAUGAAUAAUAUUGUUGAGUCGGUACAGACUAGUCUCGGUAUGAAAAGUGUAUGCAGUAUUAUGAACUAUAGUUCCCUAAUUUUCGUAACCUGUUUUUGUUCCUGAUUCUAUGAACGCCCAUAAAAAUAGCCUUGGAUCAUUUUCACAAUAUUGUAAUAGUUAAAUUCCACGGUUUUGUUCAUGCCACACAUAAAAGAAUUUAGCUUUUAAUGCUUUAGAUAAGGUUCGCUGGAUAAUUGUGUUCAUAGACUGAGGAUCGACAGUGGGAGUGAACGGAGUGAUGUAAUGGCUGAAACUCGUAACCUAGGGCUUAGCCAUAAUUCAUAAUGAAACGGGUUUGUCAAAAAAAUAUUAUGUGUUACACAUAAACAAAUAUUGGAGCCAAGUGUCUACUUGUAUUUUGUAUAUUUUCUAAAAUUAUAAAAUUAACACAAAUGAUAAAAUCACGCAGAGUGCCUGUUAGAAUUGUCGUCAAGGAUCAUUUGCUAAAUAAUUAGCCAUAAUUUUGACUUUUAUUUUAUAUUUAGUACUGUCGAAUUAUAGUUGUAGUUCAUAUUAUAUCAUGCUACUAUAUUAUUUCUUGUCUAUGAAUGGUGUGCAAGUCGAUUAAACGUACACAUAAUUUCUUAUGACAAGACGGCCUCAUGUAUCAGACAGUUUGGAACUCGUCUCACUUAUACUAUUUACUCAUAUUUAUACGAUCUUUAAUGAUAUAAAUUACUGAAUUUUCCUGAAAAUUACUCAUUUACUGAUACAUACAUGGCUUUAGAAGAAUAUAAACUAGCUUUAUUUACAUUUUUAAGUUAUUUUUUUCUCAAUAAUGUACUUGACUACUGAUGCUAUCAGUAAAGAUGAUGGAGACUUGCGCUCGUGUGUGCAUUAUUGGGACAUUGUUUUAUAUUAAUUGUUAGUGUAACUUUUUAUUGAAUACAAAGGGAUAUAAUUUGUUACCAAGCAUUAUUCAAUAAAAAAUAGGAUAGUUCUUUUUUAUUGUAUUAUCAGCUCACUAUUAGUAGGUUAUUGGCGUUUAAGAACUGAAAAUAAAUUAGCUAAACACCCA